AUGGCCCCAGUCGACAAUGAGAUCAAGGGCAGAUUGGCGCUGGUAACGGGUGCUUCUGGUGGGAUCGGAGGCGCCUGUGCCAGAGAGCUUUUCGCUCACGGUGCUCGUCUGGCGUUGACCUGUUCAUCCGAGAAUACCAAGCCCAAAAUCUCAGAGCUUGCCGAAGAACUGAGAAACAGCUCAGAUCAAGACAUAAAUAUCUCCCUACAUGUAGUAGAUAUGUCUUCUGCGAGGGGAAUCGAGGAGCUUUUCGCACAGAUGAAGGAGGAGCACGGCCAACACCCCGACAUCCUCGUCUCGAACGCCGGCACAGCUGGCUUCAACAACAAAGCCAACCCCUACCUGGAGAACAUCUCGCUCGAAGAGUUCGACUUCACUAUCUCCAUCAACCUCCGCGCAUCCUUCUUAUUAUGUAAACUGACCAUGCCCCACAUGACCGCCCAGCACUGGGGCCGCAUCGUCUUCGUGUCGUCCAUCUCGGCCAUCGGCGGCGGCAUCAACGGGUGUCACUACGCCGCUAGCAAAGCUGGCAUGACCGGGCUGAUGAAGAACUUGGCGUCGAAGCAUGCGAAGGAUGGGGUCACGCUCAACGAUGUUGCGCCGGCCAUGAUUGGCGAGACGGGCAUGAUACCCGACGAGAAGCGCGUUGAGGGGACGCCUGGUGAUGUGAAGAAUAUUCCCGUGGGGAGGCUGGGAACGCCGCAGGAAUGUGCUAACGUGGUCGUGAUGCUGUGUAAGACGGGAUACUUGACAGGGCAAAGCAUCUUGUUGAGCGGUGGUCUGAAGUGA